UUAAAUUCGUUCUUUUCCAUAUUUUCCCUUCUUUUACCUCAAUUGCUCACUUUGUAUUUUAAAUUACCUGACACUUGUAUACUCUACACCAAAAUUCUACUCCACACAGACGAAAUUCAAAGUCAAAAAUGGCCACACCACCAACAAAGGAAUGGACGCUCAAAGCCGGCGAGGAAUUCCGGUUUGAGGUUGGGUUCAAAGACACAGUCGAGGUCAGACUGAAGAGUGGAAAGGCCGAGUACUUUGGCGCAGAACUGGCGCCUGAGGCCAAGUACGCGUUCAGCGGCGACAACGGGGCGAUCUUCAGCUGGCAGGGCUGCACACUGAGCGUCCAGGGCCAGUGCCAGUCGGCGUACGUUGCAGGAGAGACGCCUAUGGACUCUUAUAUUAACGUACAUAUGGCCCUGCAGCAGCUGCGCGUCCAGGCACACAACGGAGACUUGUCGGCUGCGCCACGUGUGAUGAUUGUCGGGCCUGAGGACAGCGGAAAGACGUCGUUGGCGCGGCUGCUGGUAAAUUACGCCGUGCGCAUGGGCGAGCGCCCGCUCUUUGUUGACUUGGAUCCAUCGCUCGGCUCAGUAACUGUGCCCGGGACAGUCUCGGCGACAGCCAUGGGCAAGACCGUCGAUCCAGAGUCCGGAUUUAUGGGCUGCGCCGCUUCGUCCUCAGAUGGCGUGUCUGACGUGCCUCUAGUGCUGCAGUUUGGCCACGAGCAGCCGGACGACAACACGAUGCUGUUCAAAAUCCUCGUCGACCGGCUAGCAGCAUCCAUAGACGCGCGCAUGUCCGCCGACAAUUUUGCCGCUGGCUCAGGCCUUGUUGUCGAUACGCGCGGCUUCACAGACGUCAAUAAGUACGAUACCAUUGAGCACGCCGUUGCGGCCCUGCGCAUAACCGCGCUGCUGGUUGUCGGCAACGAGCGCAUGUACAGUAUAUUUUCGACCCGGCUGCAGACCCAGGCACGGCCAGUGACCGUGCUGAGGCUGACAAAGUCCGGCGGCACUGUCGAUCGCAAUUCCGCGUACCGUCGACAACUGAACGACUGCAUCAUUCGGCAGUACUUUAACGGCACAGCUAAAGAGCCUCUGGCAUCAUUCCCGGCUGUUGUUAACUUCCAGGACGUCACCAUUUUGCGAGUGGGCGAGGACGUGCGCGCGCCAUCGUCAACACUGCCAUUGGGAGAGAUACGCAAGUUGACCGAGACGACAGUGUUUACCGUGGAGCCCGACGAGGCCCUGUCGCACUCAGUACUUGCCGUUACUGAUGCGCAGCCGCCUGUCGAUGGCGAGGAUGACUCGGAUGGCGUUGUGGGCGUGCAGGCGCUGGGGUUUGUAAACGUCACAAAGGUCGAUAUGGAAAAGAAGCGCUUUACGAUGAGCUCGCCUGUACCUGGCCGGCUGCCCAAGAAGGUGCUCGUGUAUGGCCACAUCAAGUGGAUGGAGACACUGUAAUUUAAUGACUGUUGUUGUCAUAGUGACCCCUUUUCAUUUCAUUUUUUUGCACAAUGAACCAGUGUUCAUUGUAUCGUCGUCAUUAUUGUUGUAGUUUGCAGAGACCACAGAGACAUAUUUAAUUAAUAUGUCAGCCGACGAGCUGGCCGCCCAAAACUGACAUAUUGGCUGUACUUUUUGAUAAGCAAGCGAGCAGCUGCAAUGGCGAUUAAAAUACGUGUUAUUUAUUUGGGUUGUAUUCUUUUUAUCACAUAUUUACACAUACUCAAUC